AUGUUUGAACUAGAUAGUGAAAUUGAUCAGCCAACGACUUUGAGGAAAAACAACAUUGAGCUUAAACCCAAGAAAUCAAUUAUCAAAUCUGUUUUUAAGUUCUACAGCUUGAUGUAUUAUAAAAAGUUUUUCGGAGAAGAUUCUUUGACGAAACAAAAAAUUAAGUUGGUGAUUGAAGUUCUUUUUUGAUGCGUCCAAAUUAUAGCUUUGCUCUGGUUUCCUCAUCUUUCGAUUGAAGAUUGAAGUAAUAAUAUGAUUAUCUGGAAAAUUAUUGGAUAUUUUAGGAUAGAUAAUGCUUGCUCGGCUUUGGGAAUUAUUGAUAAAUGUUUUUACAUAUUAAUUGCUGGAAUUUUCGCAAUUUUUUCAAGUGCUGUUUUAUUGAUCCUAUCGCUUUAUUAUUCAGUUAAAGUGCCAAAAAUAAUAUUUGCUAUUUUUGAAAAAAUUAUUUAUCUGUGACUAGCACUGCUAUACAUACCUUCUUUAGUGUUAUUAUCCAUAUUUUCUAAAUACCAUUUUCUUAAUCAUGAUCACGUGCUUGAAUAUGAAAAUACUGAUAAUUUAUCUGACUUUAAAAUUACAGCAUCAUGACAAAUGGUGAGCAUUUCUGCUAUUAUGCUAAAUCCCCCCACCGUGAGCGAACAAAACCAUUAGAAAAAUCCCUAUUUUUUGCCCAAAACCCCACCCUCCGUGAGCGAACAAAAAUUUUGAUAUAUAAGUGAUAAUUAUUAUAACGAAAUCUCAAGCUAAUUCUUGAAUUUCGAAAAAAACAUUUUUUAUAAAAUUAUAUCAUGUAUUGCAUAAAUUUCUUAUCAUGCAUAUUCAUAUCAUUUUUGAAUUUGGUAUGUGGAAACCAAAUAUGCAUUUCAAAACGCAGAUUUUAGUGCGGCAAAUUCAUAAUUUGAAAUUUCAUGUAAAAAUGGCGCGUAUAACGGCCAUAAAAAUUUAGCCAAGGACUUAUAUAAAAUUUUUUUUAAAAGAAAAUUAACCCCCUCCGUGAUCGAACAAGUUUUUUUUGUUCGCUCACGGAGUGGGAGAGUAAGCUUUUUAAUAGCAAUUCUUUCAACUGAAUUUUCAGGCGAAAUCCGUCAUUGUGCUGCAAAAAAUAUUGUAAAAUCAAAAUCUAACUCAAGAGUAGAAUUACAUGCAGCAAUUUUUACAUUUAUUUUUUCAAUUCUUUAUCCGCUAUCAGUUGAUAACUAUACUAUUUAUUUUCAAUUUUCGAUUUUAGCUGCUUCAACAUUAUUAAUAUGAGAAAUACUGACAUUUUCGCCUUAUUUUUCAGUCUACUCUAAUACACUAGAAAUUAUUAGAUUCUUUUUAGUGGCCUUAAUAUCAUUUCUUUUUAUCCUGGGAUAUUGAAUAGAUAAUUCUUUACUUAUUACAAUUUUCGCAAUUUUUUUGGUGCCUAUAUCAAUAUUAUGUAUAAUUCAAUUUAUUUUGAAAAAAUCAAAAACAAGAACCCCUCCAAUCAUUGUCGAUAUUAAAAAUAAAUUUGAUCUAGAAAAAUAUCUUAGGAGCGCUUUAUGUUCAAAUGAUGUUGAAAAUAAAGAUGAAAUCAUUGGUAUUUUUGAAAUAUUUUUCAAGAAAAAAAUAAUGCAUCGAGAUAAACUUCAGAUUGUAUGAGCUGCGAAUUACUGUAUAUACGCUUUAAAAAACGAAGCUCUGGCUAAAAUCAAAUUGAGUAAAUCCAAAAGUAUAUCAGAUUGGAGUCUUGAGGCAAAUUAUCAGCAAUACUUGUGUCAUAAAGCUAUUAUCAGUGCAAAUUCAAAUGAAAGCAUAUCUUUUGGGAAUUACCAUCAAAAUUUAAAUAAAGUUAAAAAAGAAGACAAAAAAUUAUGCCUGAAUUUAUUAGAAUUUUGGAGAGAAAUUACUUCUAAAAGCCCUGGAUUUUUCAAAUUAACUAAAACACUUAAUUCUAUAGAUACAAGAAUUGAAUUUCUCAAUGAUGAAUACAAAGAAUUGGCAUCAAAAUACCAUAAAUCUAAAGAAAUAUUGUCUCUUUACUCUUCAUACUUGAAAAACAUCUUGUUUGAGAUCGAGAGAUCAGAAAUGCUUAUUUUCAAGUUAAAAUCAUUAAAAGAAAUUUAUUUGAGCUCGGAUAAUACUGAAAAUUUUAGCUAUUUUGAUACAAAUAAUGGAGUCUUAAUAAUUUCAAAUGAAGAGAAAAAUCUUGGCGAAAUUCUUUAUUCUAACUCAAAGACUGCAGGAAUUUUGAAUUUUCCUUUAGAAUCUAUUAUUGGGAGUAAUAUAAAGAAUUUUAUUCCUUUUCCUUACAAUAAAGAAAUUACUGAAAAAUUGUCUAAUUUAAUUGAUUUUAGCUCUGAUACAGAAAUUUCAUUACAUAAAGGAUUUUUUUUAAUAUCACCUAUGAAUUUUCUUUUAGAAUGCACCGGAAAAAUGCUAUUUUCCUCAAUUAAUAACGUUGUUGUAACAAUUUUGAUUUUCAAGCUAAAACAAGCAAGAUAUCAGUCUGCUCUAAUAUCAAAUGAUGGGGUUAUAUUUAGCUGUUCAGAAGGCUUUCCAGUAGCUGCUGGUGCAUCCCAUAAUAAUGUGAUAGGAGCUUCAAUUAGCAAUUUAUUUUUUGAUUUAAAACAGAUUGACAUAAAACCAUUUAUUCCAUAUAAAUUGCCUAACUUUGCCAAAGAAACAAUAAUGGUUUUAUCAAAUUUAGAAUGCUUUGAUAUGAAAAUGCUUUAUAUUUUAUUAAUAAAUGAUUUUGGAGAAAUUCAAAAAUGGACAACUGACUGCUCUAAUUCUCAUAAAAUCGAAACACAAAGGGGAGGAAGCAUUCAGAAUAUGCUGCUCUCAGUAGAAGACCCUUCUAUAAUUCAUGAAAAUCACUCAGAAAUCCUUGAUUCUAAGUCUGAUCAGUCAUCAGAUGAGUCUUCAAAAAUGAUUGAAAAUAUUUUAAUAGAUAAAUAUGAAGAAAAAACUCAAAAUACAGAUAAUGAAAACCAGAUUGUUUUUAUUCAUAUGAUGAAAAUAUCGGCAAGAUCAAUUAAUGCUUUACAUUGUGUUUUUAUUUUAUGCGUAAUAAUUACUUAGAUUCUCAUAGUAUUAGGUUCAAAUAUUUCUGUUUUAUCUUAUGCUGUUUAUAGCAUUAAUUUAGCACGAGACAUAAGCCUUUCAAGAUCAAUAGGAGAUAUAGGAAAAUCCUUUCAGCAAAUGGCUUUCCUUUCGAGAAUCAUAGGGAUUGUUUCCUAUUUUCCAGACUCUGAGGAAGCCGUUUUGUAUUGCUUUAAUCUUUUUAAAUCUGAUAUAGCCAACCUUGAAGAUAUUUACAUAAAUAUUGGGUCAAAUUUAACUAACUCCCCCUCCUCCUCCGUGAGUGAACAAAAAAAAUGUGUUCGCUCACAGAGGGAUGCUAAUAUUUUUUUAAAAAUCUAUAAUUCAAAAUAUAAAAAAAAAAUUCGCAAAAAUUGGCUUGCAAAUAUUUAUUUAAUUCGUAGAAUUUAUGUUUUAAAAUGCAAUUUGUUUAAAAUUAAACAGAAUAGGUUCAGAUUUCAUUAUACUAAUUAUUACUUAUAUAUAAAAUACUUUUUUUUUUAAAAUUUGUUUUUCGCUCACCUUUUGUUGUUUUGGGGGAUUUUUCCAAUGGUUUUGUUGGUCACGGGGGUAAGUGAGACUCAUGCUCCAGCCAAAGUAUUUUUACAGGAAAAAAUAUAAAUUUGUGAAAUAUUGGUCCUCUAAUAUAUCAAGAAAAAGUGAAUUUAAUCGACACUGUUUCGCAAUUUAUUAUAUAUGUAAACUUUAUAUAGGGAAAAGAAUUUGUAAGAAAAUUCAAUACAACAGAUUAUUAGAUUAGAAUAGAGUUAUAGCGGGUCGCAGGGGUUUAUUUCAGCCCCUCGCCGUCCAACGGAUAGCUUCGCAGUGACGCUAAGCGCUAUCCUCACACCACCUUUUUCCCUUCUGACGUCACCAAAAAAUGGUGACGUCGAAGGUCUUCGGGGAAGCCACCCCACCCGGUCGGGGUCUCCGAAUCUCUGCAGAAGACUCCUUCAACCUCUGACAGGGCUCAGAGUAUAGGGGAAACGCCUUCUGCCUUCUCCAUGGCCUGUCAGAACCGUAUCACAGGUUCAUUAAUGCUCCCAUGGAGUGGUAUCGGGAUUUUGCGCCAGUAGGGUCGUCUUGCAGGUAAGGAAAAAAGACAAGGAUCAGCCCCAAGUCAAAAACCCACCCCGGAGAACUAUCGCCAUGUGGCUCGCCUUUCCUGGGCAUGGAUCAACUCACAGGUCACCAGGAGUCCACGUCAGAUCACGCCAUUUUAAUAAUUCUUCAAUACAACAGAAGAUUAUUCAAACACAGUUUUAUUUUUUGCAUUAAAUGGGUAUGGGGAAGCUUUUAAUUAUUGCAACAAUUCGCUGUAUGACGUCACUGGAUGCAAAAAAUCAGAAAUAUCUGGCUUAAAAUCUGAAAUGUUUGCUCUUUUGAUAAUAGGGAUCGCAGCAAUGGCAAUAGGAAUUUGCAUUAUGACUCCUUUUUGCUAUUUUGCUAUAAAAACUGAAAAUAUGCUUUGAAACAAUAUUAGAAAAAAUGCAUACAAGCAUUAUCAUAAACUGAAAAAAUUAUAGAGGUUUCCCUCUAUAUAGCGCUAAAAGCGCAGACAUUUUCCCAGGAGCUUUCCAAGUUCGUCGGACCAAAUCGCUUUUUGGUCCGACCAAGGCAUUGAUUUGGUGCAACCUACCGAUAAAUUCCGAUCAGAAUUUAUCGGCCUUACAGCGCGCCAAACAUAGGAAACUUCUAUAUGCUUUAAAAGACUUGCAAAUGUUCAUUUUCAGCUUGAGUUAGCUGACCAUGAAGAAACCCGAUAUAAAAAGCGAUUAAAUUUUAAAAACUAUUGGAAAUAUAUUUGAAGAGCUAGCUUAUUUUUUAUAAUUACUUCAUUAUUCUGCUUGCUGAAUAUUUUCAUUUUUUAUGAAAAAUGCGCAGAAUAUUUAUAUUGCAGACCUGAAAUCAUCAAAUCCUUAAUUCAUUCGCAAGUUUUCAUAACAAGCCUAAGUAUAUGGACAAGCGAAACAGGAUUAUACACAACUGACUAUUCUUUACAAAAUAUGCUCCCAUUUGCGCUUCCUUUUAGUGAUAGCAACAUUAAGCUUAGAGAUAUUAUUUCUUUAACAAAGCACUCUCUUACAUCGCUACGAAGUACGCAAUGCAAAAGUAUUUUUUCCAAAUCCUACACAGAAGAAUUGUAUGAAUAUCAGAAAGACGGAGAUAUUCAAGAGCACACAUAUGGUGUCUAUGGAGCUGAAGAAGUCGCAAUGCUUGACGCUUAUUAUAUUGCGUAUUAUGAAAAUGCUAGCGUAGAAGAUUGACUAAAGUUUAUAGUUCAACUUCAAAAAAUGAAUGACAAAUAUGACGAAUUUAUUGAUGAGAAUAACCAGCAUUCACAAAAUUUAAUAGAUGACCAAAUAAGCACAAUAAUCAUAUUUUUGGUUCUUUUUGUUGGCUUAUCGUUUGGAAUGUAUAUGGGGCUGUAUUUGACAUUUUUUAGAAGAGAGAAAAAAUAUUUGAGGAAAAUAAAUUCAAUGCUAAAGCUAAUGCCCGGGUAG